AAAUGAAAAAAAAUUAAUGAAUAGUAGGUAUUGAUUAUGUAAACAAUAGGCUACUUUCCUACUAGUCAAAUUCAAUACUUUUUUCGAAACGUCAAAAACGAUAUUUUCUAUGAACUUUGUAUGAAAUAGUGCGUUAUGACGUCAUAAGUUUUUGACGUCAAAUAGCAGACUUAUUUCUAGAAAUUUAGCUAGAAAAAAUCGAAAAUUAAAUAGUUCAUCAAAUUUAUGAAUGAGAGUGUGAUUAUUUUUUAAUAUUUUAUUGUAUUGAAAAGUUGUAAUAAUUUAUUUUUGACCGAGGAUACUACCCAAAUGUAUCAGGAACGGGGUGGUUCUUAGUAAGAGUUAGACACUCCCUCUCGCCUCGACUAAGGCGAGAGAAGUCAUUGGCUGAUUUUCCCCAAUCACAAAAAAAGGUCUUAAGGGCCUCCUUUACAUAAGAGGGGUUUAUCAUUAUCUUCAGGUUUGCCAAGCAUAUCAAAGAAUAUAUAGAUUGAUUUUAUUAUAAACAAGCUUUUGCCUGCGGCUUUGUUUGUGUACCUGUAGGAAAAAAGGGGCUUAUGUGUUGUUCCAAACCACACACACUCCCCGUUCCAAAUAUUAUCCUAAUCCUUUUUGAUGUGAUUGAGUGGCAAAUAUACACACCAACACACAAUCUCACAAAUAUUAAGAUAGGUACAAAACUAAUUGAAAGUCAGUUGAGUAUAAUAAAACUUUAUUUUGAUAAAAAAAUAAACAUGAAUUAUAGUAAAAUUAUAUAGCAUAUAGUGUAGAAUUAUGGGUUACACAAUUUAUAUUAAUACAAGAGUUUUACAACCAUUGUAAAUCAAUAAAAUAUUCUACUCUAUGCAAUAGCAAAUAAAGUUGCAUUUCAUUUGUUCAAGAAUAAUUUAGAAUUUUGGUAUAUCAAGAGAUCAAAAAUUAUUACAGUCAAAAUAUAUCCAUAUUUUAUUGAGACGGUUGGUUACUGCUUGGAUAAAGGAAAUUGAAUCAAAUGGGGCUUGUAAUACUGAUUGUUAUUGGAACGCAAUGUUUGAUUUGUAUGUAAAUAUUCUGGAAGCUUACAAGUUUCUGAGGAUAACGUUUCGUUUACAAAUACUGUAUUAUACGGUACACACUGUCUGCCACGGCUUGAUGACCGAAGCGAUCCUAUUGCAAUUGAGACAAAUAGUCACGACUAGUCCAGAGAAGUUCGGGGUAUAUGCGGUGCUAUCACAGAUGUGGUUGGUCAAGAACGUGGCCUUGCAGAUAGUGCUGUGUGUCGAGAGUGAGAGAUUUUACGCAGCCAUGGAACAAAUCCCGAGUGUGUGUACAGAGCUGAUCCAAUCUAGAGGAUGCACUGAUACCCAGAGACGCGUAUGCAAGAACAUUCAGCGGUUGCAAGUGACCUCGUUCACGAAGAUGAGUGGGCUCGGUCUCUUCGUGGUCGACGUCACACUGCCCCUGCGAAUAGCCGGAGUCCUCACCUCAUAUACACUGGCUAUUUUACAGUUUGCACUAUCUUAGACUGUAGU